AUGGCUCUGCACGUCAUACCUUCUUCACAAAGACUAUCCCACACAAGCCAGACACAUGUAUCAGGGCACCGCAGGACACAGUUUGAUGGGAAGAAAAUCCUGACCCUCUGGACCCUGAUAUGUGGUGCUGUUGCUGUUCUUCUUUGGGGGUUUUUCAGUUUUCCUAGAAAAUUUGUAGUCACAAGACUGGUCAAAAAUAAGACGUGUGACGGUGAAAACAUGAUAUGUAUGAGUGCCUGGAAUAAAGUUAACCAGAACUGCUUCUUUCUUUUUCACCAUAAAAAUACAUGGAUCAGUGCAGAGGAACACUGCAUAAUCUACCAUGGACAUCUGGCGAAAUUCAACACCAAGAGCGAACUGGACAUUUUCUUAAGCCAUGUGAAGAAAGGACAGUCUUCAUAUUGGAUUGGACUGAACAAACGAAACUCACGGGGAAUCUGGGUUUGGACAGAUGGAACUAAAUACAAUAAUGUGGCAAGAAUACAAGAUCAUGGUGAGUGUGCCUUCAUGCAAAAAAAUGGCAUAGACAGUACCAAUUGUGAUGACCUAAGAGACUUUAUUUGUAUCAAACCAAGCCUGUGCCUUUGA